CAAGCGCCAGCAACUGUAGUUUCCAUUCUUUUCCAGAAUCACUCCAAGAUCGCGGUCGGUCACUAUCUGUCAUCCUCAAGAACGUCUAGCAAGAGCACAACAAGGGCCGUUGAACCGCAAUGCCGAACGCAAUCUGCCAAGCAAGGCUGGCGGAGGAACGCAAACAAUGGAGAAAAGAUCACCCGUUUGGAUUUUGGGCGCGCCCUGAAAAGAAUGCCGAUAAUACGUUGAAUUUGAACAAGUGGUCCGUGGGAAUUCCAGGGAAACCUGAGACACCAUGGGCUGGAGGGACGUACCCACUCACAAUGACAUUCCCCGAUGAUUACCCCCAGAAACCCCCCAAGCUUCAGUUUCCUCCAAAGUUUUUCCAUCCCAACAUUUACCCUUCUGGCACAGUAUGUCUUUCGAUUUUGGAUGAAGAAAAGGACUGGAAGCCUUCGAUUACAAUAAAACAAAUCUUGCUUGGCGUGCAAGACUUGCUUGAUGAUCCAAACCUGGAGAGCCCAGCCCAACAGGACGCAUAUGUGAUGUUGAAAAGGGACAAAUCUGCGUAUGUCAAGAGGGUUAGGGCGCAGGCGCGGGAGUACGCUUCUAGGGAGUAACUUGGCAGGUUAGGUUAGGGUUAGGCACACUUUAAAGGCGGAGCUAUCAGCUACAACGUUGAGAGUAGAGCGGAGGCAAAAAUGCAAACGAUAAUGUAAAUAUGUUUAGUGCAGUGCGCUGGAUUGACAAUGAGAAACCCCCACUAUCGUAUCAAUCCCGCUUCUGAUUUUCGAAGCAAA